AUGUACGGUUUCACCAAGCUCGCCGCCGCCGCUCUCGCCGCCCUUCCUCUCGCGUCUGCACUCCCUCUCUUGACGCCUCUGGCAGCUUUUCAUACGCUUGCCAUUAGCUCGGGUCUUGCACCUGGCCAGGGUCAAGCCCCGAAGUGCAAUAUCACCCAAGCGAACCUCGCUGCCGAUCUCCCGGCAAACCUGAUCUCCCUGCUCCCCCCUUCGGAUGCCACCCUUUCCCAAGUCACGAUCGGCUUCGGCACGCAGAACUACACCUGCACGAACGGUAAAUUUGUCAAUGUCGGCGCCCUGGCCCAAGUGUUCGAUAUCUCCUGCGUCCAGGAACUGCCAGCUAUCAGCGCAAGCAUCUCCGCUGUGAUCAACGAGAUCCAGGGACUGAACGGGGGCAUCGCACUUGAGGAGAUGCUGGCGAAGAUGGCCCAGUGGGCAGGAUUCAAGCUCGCUGAUCACUACUUCGACACUUCCAGCGGCAGCCUCGCGCCGGUCUUCAACUUCCAGGUGUCCGGAGGCGACUUCGUCAUUGGCAAGAAAGUGCUGGACAUUGCCGACCCCUUCAACCCCGUUGUCAACGUCGACUGGCUCCAGCUUUCCGCUCUUGCUGGUGACGCGGCCAAGUUCCUCGUGCGCGAACAGACUGCCGGUGGUCAGGCCCCAGCUACAUGCACGGUCGAGAACGAGACCCUCCAGGUGCCUUAUGCUGCCAAGUACUGGUUCUUCGCUUAAAUGCCCCUCUUUUUACGGAC